AUGUUCACUGUUAAAUCGGCCAUCGCCCCACUUAGAUUACUAAAGUUUUAUCAAUUAGAAAAGAUUUUAGCAUGCACUCCAAAAUUUUUUGCUUCCACCCCGACAUAUGUUGAACCGACAGCUGUCGCUUACAGAGCUGCAAUGAAACAGGGUGUUCCUGUUGAGGACCUUCCCAUGCGUGUAAAUUUUCGAGGAAAACCAUACAAACCAGUUAGUUUGGAGGAAAGCUUGCAUUACCUUUCCAGUCCAGAAUAUCGGGAACUCUACCGUGACAAACCGGUUUGGUUUUAUUAUAGACGGAACUACAAGGGCCAUUUUCCACCAAAGCAUCCACGAAAAUCAUGUACCAGAGGCCAUGCACUGAUUACGUCUAAUCCUUGCCCAAUAUGCCGAGAUGAAUAUUUAGUUAUUGAUCACAAGAAUGUUGAACUUCUCAAACAAUUCCUACAUCCGCUUUCUGCUGAUAUUUUGGAACCGAAAAUUACAGGACUCUGUGCAGUUCAGCACAAGGCUCUUCUAUUGGCUAUUGAAAUGGCUAGGGAUAUGGGAACGAUUCAAAUGCGUUUGCCGUUUCGACUUUUCGAUUACACUGAAUACUACGGUGAUAAAUUGAGCCAUGAAGAACUUCGACAGUUGGCUAGUAACGUUGUUAAGGCUUCAGGUUCAGGCGGUCAAUUAGAACCUCUAGAUGACAUCUAUAAAGAGGCUGCGCGCUCAUUGACUAAUCUUCCUCCCGCAAUCUCUCGGCUUCUCCGGGAAUCAGCUCUCAUUCCACACAUUGAAGAAGUUGCCGCAGAACCACCAACUGAAGAAAUCGAACGACCAAAAAUGCCGAACAGAUACCAGAUGGAAGAAGCUUAUCGAAAACUUCAGCUCAGGAGACGUCGUUCUAAGUCCCUCCUCCUUGACAAUAAUUACACAACAGUCUUUCGACAGUUCAUUGCUCCUCAGACAAGAAUGCGUAUAGUGGAUAACAGUCAAUUCAGCAGUAUAGCACCGGAACAAAAGAAAGUUGCGGUGAAAAAGGGUGGCCUCAAAGCGGGUCCGCAAGAAGCUCCAACGAAGACCAGCGGUGAUGAGAUUAAAGAUGUGAAAGCUUUCCUUCAAAUUGGCACGAAUACAACCUCAAAGAGGAAGCCGAUGGUUAUUGGUGUGUAUAAUCGCAGAAAUCGUGGAAUGACAGGUGAUCGCGUACUCUUGGCUGUGAAUGGACUUAAGAAGAAGGCCUGGGUAGUGGGAUGUCGAAUGCCAGCAAAAACCGGUUGGCCGCGUUUUGAGUCUAACAAUGCUGUCCUCAUCGAUGAAGAGGGUAAUCCACUUGGGACACGAAUUCUCGUCCCUAUUCCUGCUAAACUCCGAUCGCUUCAGUCAACCACAGAUAUUACGAAAAUUCUCUCCAUUGCAACCUCAUUUGUGUAG